UGUGUGUGUGAGGCUGAUUAGCAGUCAAUAGAGCAACAGGGGCAUUGAGUCACAAACCUUUCUGAGGUAAAUUCAUCCAGUCUCAGAGGCUCCACAUUAUGGCACUCCUGGAUUAUCCAACUUUUUUUUUACAACCAUCCUUCUAGCGAACAGUCAAAUAUGUGUCUAGAAUGCUACUUUAGUAACUACUAGGUCACCAACAAUUUCAGAUAGUGUUAGAGAAUCGUGAAGGUUACAUUUUUAAACAGUGAAGAGGGAAAGUAUUUGAGGUCAUGGGAAACUCAGAGAGCAUUUGGUGGAUUGUAGUGGAGUGCGCCUGCAGGAUCCUUGGUGUUUCUACAGCAACAGUCUUGUGUGCUGUGGGAGUGGAGACCCUCCAUCAUGGAGAAUUCAACAGCCUCGGCAUCUACCUACUAGUGUCAUCUGUUGGUAUCAUGAUGUUUGAACUUGCCUAUUUCCUGGAUACUCUUCUGUUCAUGUGUCUGCCCUGUCCUCCAGACUGGCAGCUGUUUGUAUUGUGGGGGAAGAUGGCUCGCAUUGGAGGCUUCCAUAAGUUCCUCUAUUACUCCAUAAUGUCAGUGGUCUGCUUCUUGCACCCUGUGUUGGUGUGGCAUGCAAUUAUCCCAGGGACAAUGCUUCUGGUGACAGCCUUUUUCAACUUCAUAUUAAGCAAGAAAACCAGGAUCGAGUCUCCCAAAAGGCCACAGGAGAGCCACAGCGACCAAGGCCUGACCACCGUCUGUGUGACAGGGGGAGCAGCCUCAGACAGCGCUUUCUCAUUCCUUCACAUGGUGACGGGAAGGAGAGGGGGAGGACUGGCUCUCACAACCAGAGACCGCUGCCUCGGCCCAGGAGAGAGAGGAGAGAGCGUCCAGGCCAUGCUGGAGCUGGAGCAAACAGCAAUACCUAAAGACACAGAAAGGGAGAGGAGGAGGUGGAAAGAGGGGAGGCUGAUCUGCUUCAGAGGUAGGAAGGAGCCAGCGGAGAGAGAGAUGGAGGAGAUGGACUGCUACAGUGAGCCAGAGCCAGACACCACCUCAGACACUGCACCUAUGAUUACUGACUGAACGUCCCUCUGAGCCCAGGCU